UCCGAUGUGUUUGUCCUCAACAGUACACUGGGAAUUUUGUGAGGUCCGCAUGGAGAUACCCUGUCGAGAUAAGUACUUUGGUGCUUCAAGUAUAGGCGUCUGUGGUCCGUGUAAAUGUGAAGUGGGGAUGAAUCUGAGUCCAGUUUGUAACAAGUCUACAGGAGAGUGCUACUGUAAUGUCCUUCUUCAGUCAGCCAGAACUCUGUUUAGCUCCGAUAACAAAGAUGUGUGGGACGUCGUUCAACAGGCUAAAGAGGCAAAACAUUCUGGAGUGAAGGAAGAUUUGACCUUAACUAACCGGUCAAAUGUAAGUACUGCCACUGGUAAAUGGUGGCAAGUAAUGCGAAGUAAUUAUGUUCGCUCAUUUUACCUCGCAGAACAUCAACCAAUGCCCUCUUCUUAUACCUCACACUACCAAUCACGUUCUCCGCCACACUGUUACCAAUCAAAUGUUUGUAAUUGUGGUAGAAAUAAAGAAAACGAUUUGCUCAGUUGUCAAGUUUGUUUGUCUGGUAUUAACCUUGUGACUUGUGCAAGCAGCAGAGGUCUGACAGAAUCAGUGUUGUGUGCACUAAAACCUGUUGUCUGUAAACAGUGCAAUACUCGCUUUGCUAAUAGCCUAUCAUUGUCGUCUCAUUUAAAGUUCUGCAAUGCCACUGAGGUAAGAAGUGUAGCUAUCAAGCCAACUUUGAUGACAGUACCUAGUUUAAAAGAAGCUUUACGUAGUAGACGAUUAAGCACUGCAG